AUGUUUUUCUUCUUAUCUUGUACUUUGUUUUCUUCUAACUAUGUCGUCAUCGUAGAUCAUGCAAAGGACAUUUAUCGUACAAUUGAACGGCUACUGGACCGCAAGUCGCCGUUGUUUCGUUUCACCGAUGAUCAAUUCACCAGCGAACAAAUCAGUGGAAAAAAUCGCGAUCACAUUUGUGAAAUCCUAACGGAAAAUUUCGAACGAAUUCGUUUAUGUCUGGGCGUUAAGACUCUAGACGGAUAUUACAACAAUUCUCUAUCGGAUUCACAAUUAUAUACACCCUAUCCACCAAAUUUCAUGCAUUCAACGGAAAGUUUGAACUUGAUUUCAAGUAACAGUAAUCGUGCCUUUACCGACUUGAAUCUUCGAAUGUCAAAACGUAGUAUUAACUCCACGACACCAAUGUUUAAAAUUAACUACGCAUUAGUAAAUCGUGUGGUUUUGAACUGGCCAUUGUUAUUUACACAUAUAAUUGCACAAUUGAAGUCGAGUAUUAUUUACCAUUUUGUGACAUUAAGAUUUGAAUUUCAAAGCAAUUCAUCUACAUCUCUGACCGACGAAGAACGGUUAGCAGUUGGAAGACUAAUCGAAUUAUUACCUCCAUUUUUUAAUGAAAAGAAAUAA